AGUCUCUCUGCCCGUCUUCUUCCUUCGUUACUGCAUUCCCAAGGUUUCAACCUAGCUACUCAACUUCCCACAAGACAAACACACCUCACUACAUCGGAUCUUGUCAUUCACACGAUGACAGAGGCUGUGAUUGAGGUUGCACUUGAGACUUUGAGCUCACUCAUUCAGAAAGAGCUCGGUUUGUUUCUGGGUGUCAGUGGAGAAAUGAGAAGGCUUUCAAGCGUACUCACUACAGUCAAGGCUGUGCUCGAAGAUGCUGAGGAGAAGCAACUCACCAACAAAUCUCUCAACGAUUGGCUGCGCAAGCUUCGAGAUGCGGCUUACUUGCUGGAUGACAUCUUGGAUGAGUGUUCCACGCAUACCCUUUCCUUGCAAUACCAAGACAAGGUACAAGCCUCUUGUUUGUGCUCUUUCAAUCCCACUCAUGUCAAGUUCCGUUACAAAAUUGCCAAGAAAUUGAAAGACAUCAGUCAAAGACUUGAUCAAAUUGCUGAGGAAAGACUGAGGUUUCAUUUACGCGAGACGGUUCAUGAGAGGAGGAAUGAAAUCAUGGAAUGGCGGCAAACUACCUCAAUCAUUACUCAACCCCAAUUCUACGGAAGAGAAACGGACAAGGCGAAAAUUGUGGACUUUUUGGUUCGUGAUGCUUCUAAUUUGGAGGACCUAUCAGUCUAUCCAAUUAUUGGUAUUGGCGGUCUCGGGAAAACCACUAUUGUCCAGCACGUCUUCCAUGAUGAGAGGGUAGUUAAUCAUUUCGAGCAAAGAAUCUGGAUAUGUGUUUCUGAAGAGUUCAGUUUGAAAAGGCUGUCAAAAGCUAUAAUAGAGGCAGCUACUGGGCAUGCUUGUGCAGAUUUAGAUCUAGAACCAUUACAAAGACAGCUCCAAGAGGUGCUUGGCAGAAAAAGAUAUUUGCUUGUCCUGGAUGACGUGUGGAAUGAGAACCGAGAGAAAUGGGAUAAGUUGAAAUCCGUUUUGGCUUGUGGAUCGAAGGGUGCUUCGAUUCUGAUCACUACCCGUCUUACAACAGUUGCCCGCAUUACAGGAACAGUGUCGCCCCAUCAGUUAUCACUACUAUCAGAAAAUUAUUGUUGGAAGUUGUUCAGACAACGAGCUUUUGGAUCGGAGGAGGAGGAACGCGAAGAGCUUAUAACUAUAGGGAGGGAUAUAGUAAGGAAAUGCAACGGAGUUCCACUUGCUGCUAAAACUUUAGGAAGUCUUCUGCGUUUCCAGAGUAGUGAAAAAGAGUGGCUCCGCAUUAAGGAAAGUGAGAUUUGGAAUUUACCACAGGAAGAAGAUUCUGUCCUGCCUGCUUUAAGAUUAAGUUAUUUGAAUUUACCGGCAAAAUUAAGACGGUGUUUUGCCUACCUUGCAGUGUUCCCCAAAGAUCGAAGGAUGAGUAAGAAACAAGUAAUAGAACUUUGGAUGGCUAAUGGGUUCCUUUCAACGAAUGGAGGGUUUGAAGUGGAAGAUGAUGGUGACAGAGUGUGGAAUGAAUUAUAUUUAAAGUCAUUUUUUGUGGAUGUUGAGAUAGAUGAAUCUGCAUACGACACAUGGUUCAAGAUCCAUGACCUUGUUCAUGACUUAGCCCAGUCUGUAAUGGGGGAAGAAUGUUAUAGCAAAACACUCGAGAAUGGCCACUUGAUGAAAGAACUCAUCACCUCUCAUUGAUAACAUUGACCAAUUUCCUAAGCUAUGGUCAUCUAAUUUGAACAAGGUCAAGUCCUUAAAAACAUUUAUAAUGCUACAACAUUAUGAUUUUGAAACUGACACUUGUGAUAGAUUGUUGAAAUGUUAUCAUUUGCGGGCACUUGACCUCAAGUUUUCAAGUGAGGUGUCAUCUUCUAUUGACCAAUUAAAACAUUUGAGGUACUUGAACCUUUCUCGUGGUAAAUUUACAAUGCUUCCUGAUUCGAUAUGUAGAUUGUGGAAUUUGCAAAUUUUGAAUUUGAACAAGUGUGGGUCUCUCAAAAAGUUGCCUGAUCAGUUGAAGUGCUUAAAAUCUCUUCGUCAUCUACAUUUGAAAGAGUGUCGGUCGUUAUCUAGAUUGGCCCCUGAGAUGCGUCAACUAAUUUGCUUGAAGACCUUAAGUGCAUAUAUUGUCGGUGAGCAGGAAGGGUUCUUAUUAGAAGAAGUAGGAAAUUUGAAACUUGAAGGAACACUCCACAUUGAGCACUUGGAGAGAGUGAAAAG